AUUAUGUAAACGUUUCAGACGUCAGGCGUGACGCGUGAUCAGCUGGGACUGUGAAGAAAAGCUUUGGCAAGUCAACUUACAAAUGUUAUUAAAUAUGAGAGGCGCUGCAUAUGAUUUGUCUUUAAUAGUACAGCUGUGAUUUGACCAAAGUGACUGUAACUGCCCAGAACUGACGCUCGGCGGCAAAAACGCGGCGGCAAAAUCAAUUUACAGAUGACCCUCCAUCAGCAUGCAGAACAAUGGACUCUAAUGGAGCUGCAUGAGCUGAGAUCGAGCCGGUGCCUUUUAUGGAAUGAAAUCCAAGCAAAGCCAGAUCCACUAAUUGUCAUCCUCUGUCUCCAGAAUCGGAUAAAUGAACUCCAGUGAAGCUUCAGCUCAGCCAAAAGCCCCUCAUGUCGUUUCUGGACUGCACCUGUAUCUCCUCCCACUCACAAGUCCAGUCCAUCAGCAUAGAGGAGCAGUAUGAAGACAUCAGCCAUCAGUGCUCGAGCACAGAUGUCUCUCCGUGUUCGGUGUUGACGGAUGCCGAUGACAUCACAGAUCUGUCCACUGACUCCGCCCACUAUCAGCUCCUGUCACCACUGGGCCGGGGCUUUAAUAACCUCAGUCAUGUGAGUGUGGCACGUCACACUCCGUCUGGCCGUCUGGUGGCCGUGAAAAACACAAACCUGGACGAGUGUACAGAAGACGAGCUCCUGCAGCUGAUGAAUGAGGUUCUUCUGUCCAGACGGUUCCGGCACCCGAAUCUGCUGACGUCCAGACUGGUGUUCAGCUCCUGCUGUCAGCUCUGGGUUCUGGCUCCUCUUAUGAGCUACGGUUCUGCAGACUCUCUGCUCAGGUCGUAUUUUCCAGACGGGAUGAGCGAGUCUCUAAUGGCGUAUCUGCUGUACGGUGUCCUGCGAGCGCUCGAGUACCUGCAUCACAUGGGAUAUGUGCACAGGGGUGUGAAGGCCAGUCAUGUGCUGCUGUCGGCUGAAGGAAGAGUGUGUCUGUCGGGUCUUCAGAGUGUCUACAGUUUGAUGAAGGACGGGAAGAGGAUGAGAGCCGUGUUCGACAUGCCUCAACACAGUCCAUCUCUCCUGCCCUGGCUGAGCCCUGAGCUGCUGAGACAGGAUCUUCAUGGUUAUGGGGUGAAGUCAGACAUCUACAGUCUGGGGAUCGUGGCAUGUGAGCUGGUCAGUGGCAGAGUGCCAUUUCAGGACAUGCCGCCCACUCUGAUGUUGCUUCAGAAGCUGCGGGGAUCUCACUGUUGUCUCCUGGACGUGCCUCCGUACCCUCUGGGUGGAAUGGGUGCGCUGAAGGUGUCCCGCUCGGGGGUGGAUUCGGGGAUUGGGGAGAGUGUGGCGACUGGCAGUCUGACCCGCACUGCUACUGCGGAGCGACCGCAGAGUCCCGCUCCCAAAAACCACUCAGCCACACUGCACAACCUGGUGCAACUAUGUUUGCAGCAGCAGCCUGAGCGCAGGCCAUCUGCGACAGCUCUCCUCAACCAUCCCUUCUUCAGACAGGUGAAGAAGCACACGAGGGACUCUUUCCUCAGUCUGAUGUAUCCUGCUGUGCCAGUGUCCUGCCCUCCAGACACGCCUCCGUCCCAAACCCCAACCCAGACCUGCAACACGCCGUCUCCCACUGAUCCUGAGCCAGAGGACGGUCUGUGGGACUUCUAACGUUCACUGUCUUCCUCACACAAACCUCUACAUGAGCAACUAGCAAUUAAUCCUAACAACUGCUGCAUUCUGCUGUUUAUUUGAUUAGUAUUUGUAGUGCUACGUUAGCCCCGCCCACAGUGAAAUCUUAUUGGUUUAAAUCCUCUUGUUAUGAACCGAUAUAUUAAUGAUGACGUCAUCCUGCACUUAAAGGGGUGUCUAUGAUUAGUAUUUGUUAAAAAAUGUUUAAUUGUUCAUUAAUUGUAGUAUUACAUUUGCUCCGCCCACAGUGAAAUCUCAUUGGUUUAAAUCCUCUUGUUAUGGACCGAUAUAUUAAUGAUGACGUCAUCCUGCACUUAUGGGCGUGUCUAUGAUUAGUAUUUGUAAAACAAAAAAAAAACAUUUUAUAUUUGUAGUACUAUGUUAGCCAUGCCCACGGUUAAAUUUAAUUAGUUUAAAUCCUCCUGGUAUGGACUUAUGAAUUGAUGAUGAUGUCAUCCUGCACUUAUGGGUGUGUCUAUGAUUUUUGUAAAAAAAAAAUUAAUUAAUGUUUAGUAGUUGUAGCACUACGUUAGCCCCACCCACAGUAAAAUCUCAUUGGUUUAAAUCCGUUUGGUAUAGACCAUUAUAUUGAUGAUGACAUCAUCCUGCACUUAUGGGCGUGUCUAUGAUUAGUAUUUGUUAAAAAAUGUUUAGUAGUUCAUUAAUCGUAGUACUACAUUAGCCCCGCCCACAGUGAAAUCUCAUUGGCUUAAAUCCUUUUGGUAUGAUCCAAUAAAUUGAUGAUGACGUCAUCCUGCACUUAUGGGCGUGUCUAUCAUUAGUAUUUGUUAAAAAAUGUUCAGUAGUUUAUUAAUCGUAGUACUACAUUAGCCCCGCCCACAGUGAAAUCUCAUUGGCUUAAAUCCUUUUGGUACGAUCCAAUACGUUAUUGAUGACAUCAUCCUGCACUUAGGGCAUGUCUAUGAUUAGUAUUUGUUAAAAAAAAGGAUUAGUAUUUGUAGUACUACAUUAGCUCCGCCCACAGUGAAACCUCAUUGGCUUAAAUCUUCCCCUUAUGGACCGAUAUAUUGAUGAUGAUAUCAUUCUGCACUUAUGGGCGUGUCUAUGAUUAGUAUUUGUAAAAAAAAAGUUUAAUAUUUGUAGUACUAUGUUAGCCCCGCCCACAGUUAAAUUCAUUAGUUUUAAAUCCUAUCGGUAUGGACUUAUAAAUUGAUGAUGUCAUCCUGGACUUAUGGGUGUGUCUAUGAUUAGUAUUUGUUAAAAAAUGUUUAGUAGUUAAUUAAUUGUAUUAUUAGAUUAGACCAGCCCACAGUAAAAUUUAAUUGGCUUAAAUCUGUUUGGUAUGGACCAAUAUAUUGAUGAUGACGUCAUCCUGUGCUUGUGGGCGUGUCUGUGAUUAGUAUUUCUGAAAAAAGAAAGUUUAGCAUUUGUAGUACUAUGUUAGCUCCGCCCACAGUGAAAUCUCAUUGGUUUGAAUCCUCUUUCUAUAGACCAAUACACUGAUGAUGACGUCAUCCUGUGCUUGUGGGCGUGUCUAUGAUUAGUAUUUGUAAAAAAAAAAAAAAAAAAAAGAUAAUUAAAAGUUUAGUAUUUCUAUAACACGUUAGCCCCGCCCACAAUGAAAUCUCAUUAGUUUAAGUCGUCCUUGACCAAAAUGUUGAUAAUGACAUCAUCCUGCGCUUAUGGGCGUGUCUUUGUUUCUAGCCUAUCAUAUGCUCUCUAGAAUGAGCACAAAUUAGCGAACGUUUCAUGCAUUAGCACAUUAGCAUCUGUAUAGUCAUUGUUAAUGGCUGUGGCCUACACUAAAAGCUGUCAGCUAGGGCUGGAGGAUUGGUCAAAAUAAAGAUGAUCUUGGGAUAUAGUGUGAUUAUCAAAUAACAUUAUCAAAUAAGUGCAAUUUUAUUCAUUAAGUAUAUGUGAAGCAGUUUAUGAUCCAGUGUGUUCUGCCUCUCUGAACGGCUCAGUUCCCAAAAAAGAAUAAUAAUAAAAUAAAACUGGGCUGUCUGAAAAAUCAAGACAUAAUAAUACCAUAAAUAUUAGUGUUGUCGUUUUACACAUGUUCUAUUUUUAUUACUUUUUAAAAUAAAUCUAGUAUUAUAAUUUUACAGUGAAGUAUUGCAGCGCUAACAUUUCUUAUUGUGCUUAAUUUUGAAGCAAUCUUGAGGGAAUAAUUCUCAUUAUUUUAAUAACUAAUAAAUAUUUAUAAUCUUAUUACAAUGCCAUUUCAACACAAAUCUUUAUUUUUUAUAUUUUAAUUUAGUAGCAAUAAUUAAUGCAUUAGGAUUUUCUUAAAUAUAGUAAUUCUGUAAAAUAUUAAUUUCAAUGCUUCUUAUUUUGCUCAUUUUCAUAAUAAUCAUAAAACAUUAUAUAAAUAUAAAUUUCACAGUGACACUAUGGUACUACUUUUUAUUUUUAUAUUCUUAUUUUGAAUCUUUUUGUAUCAAUACUAUGUUAUUAUGAUUAUUAAUAUUAUACUGAAUAUUAUACUGUUAUUAUACUGAAUAAAUAUAUGUAAAUAUUUCCCCUAAAUCAUGCAUCCUUUUUUAAUAUUUAAUUAAUUUCUUUUAAUAAAAGACAAGCUCCUUUGGUCAUGUCUCAACACAAAUCGAUUAAGUUAAUGUAAUAAUUUUGAAAUAUUUAAGUAGAUUGAACUUAAAACAAUUAAGUUGUCCCAAAACAAUCAAAGAAUUGUGUUGUUUCAACUCAUUUUAAAUAAGUAGUAUACUAGAAAAAGUCAUUUUUAGAGUGUACAGUUAAACCGUUCAUAAAUAUCAACACUAUAUGCUCUGUCUGACUGUAAUAUCAUCACUUUAUGCAACAUUUGACUUUUCAAUUGUUUUUUAUGGGCAGAAAAAUGCCAUGAUAAGUGAUAGAAGCUGGUUGAGAUGCACUGUGACUUGUGUCUUAUUCCCUGCUGUGAGCUCUUCUUCUGUGUAUACUGCACUCGUGUAGUAGUUACAAUUCAGUAGUUUACCAAAGUAUUCAACGCAUACUGUGCUCAUACUACCGUAAUGGCUGUUUGUUUGCUCUAAACCCUGUCAUAAAUCAUAAAAUAGCUGCAGAUCACUGGAUUUGAUCAUCAGACUGAGCCGUUUGUGUGUGUUUAUACCUCAGUGUUCAUAUUUCUAAACCCCUCCUCUUCCUCGAAAUGAAGAACCUGCAGACGAUUAAUCCUGUGAAGAAAUGUAUGGAGUCAAAAUACUGUCAUAAAUAUUUAAUGCGUGAAUCAAAUCCAUUAAAGCGUAUUUACAUCUAAAAGCGUACGAUUUUGGAAGUGUCGCUUCAUAAAAAUCACAAUUUUUUUCAGUUUUUUUUUGUUGUAUUUUUUGACGUUUUUAUAAUAACACGUGCACAGGUUUGAUAUUUCAUGGGUUUAAAUAUUUUUGACAGUCUUUUCACUCCAUAAGGAAACACCAAUGCUGUGCAACAUAUCAACACUGCCUCAACAAACGCGUCAUCAAACUGUGACUGAUCUUUUUUUAUAAUUUUAAUGUGGACUGUACGAGAGAUUUAGACAUAUGUUAAAUAUAUUCUUACUCUGAUUCGUAA